UUUUAUUUAAGUUUUUGGGUUCGUUCGGAUUGAGGUUCGGUUGAAGACUUUUAAGCCAAAGAUAAGCACCCCAUCCACCACUCACCACUACAAAGCAACCCCACUUGUUUUUCUUUCUUCUCACUUUUUCUCGAGAAAAAAAAGUUUCCCAAGAAAGUUUCUUUAUCCCCUCCAAAUGAUCAGUAUUGAUCAAGAAUCAACCGUUAGAGAGAUCAAACCAAAAAGCAGAAGAAUCAUGGGUGGAGGUGGUCCAGAUUAUGACGACGAUAAAGAGGAAAUGAAGUGGCCGCCAUGGCUGAGACCACUGCUUCAAACAAGCUUUUUCAUUCAAUGCAAACUCCAUGCCGAUGCUCACAAGAGUGAAUGCAACAUGUACUGCCUGGAUUGCAUGAAUGGUGCUCUUUGUUCUCUUUGCCUUGCUCAUCACAAGGACCAUAGAGCUAUCCAGAUAAGGAGAUCUUCAUACCAUGAUGUGAUAAGGGUUUCAGAAAUUCAGAAAUUCGUGGACAUAACAGGGAUUCAGACUUACAUUAUCAACAGUGCCAGGAUCGUGUUCUUGAACCAAAGGCCUCAGCCUAGGCCUGGCAAAGGUGUCACCAACACCUGCCAAGUCUGCCACCGGAGCCUUCUUGAUUCCUUCACCUUCUGUUCUCUUGAUUGCAAGAUUGUUGGGACAUCAAAGAACUCCAUCAGGAAGAAGAAUAUGUGCAAGGAAACAGAUGGGUCCGAUGCCGAGUCAUUGAGCAAUGGAAGCCCGAAGAGCUUCAGGCCGUCGACACCGCCACCGACCGCCGUGAAUUAUAGGACGGCGAAGCGGAGGAAGGGAAUUCCUCACCGAGCUCCGAUGGGAGGUCUCAUCGUAGAAUACUGAUAACAUUUUAAUUUCUUUUUACUAGACUGAUAUAGGAAGCAAUGUCAAAACACCUGAGCUCGUGCCAUAGAGGCCGGUGUUACAAACUAAACAAUACCAAUCUCAUUAUUGUA